AUGCAGUUGCGGCAAGGUGGCAAUGGCCUCAUUCGGCCCGUUUUCGCCAUCACUGUGGGUGCUGAGUGGUGUACGGAAGCUGCCCGGGCUGCUGACCUCACCUUCGCCAAUGAAGUGGAGGUCAUUCGACUGGCCUCCUCCAUUUGCAAAGCGACGUCAAAGGCAGCCCCUGAAGAUUAUGAAGCUGCUAUGGCAGUCAUCGCGAGAUGGAAGCACAAGGGCUGGAUGAUAGGUACUCGCAGCUCCAAAGGUGUGGGCUGCAUCGGCUCGAAGUCUGACGCGGGUCUUUUUCAAGUCCCUGUUCCACAGGUGUCACCCGAGGAGUUCGUGGAUGACGUUGGCGCCGGAGACGCCUUUAUGGGUGGCUUUCUCGAAGCCAUCUGGCAACCCCUGGCCGCCUUAGCGCAAGAAGAAGCCGUUGAUUCGGCUGAGACAGCGGGCAAGCGUAAGCUUGAGGAUAUUGCCCUGGCCUCGAGGCUGACAGUGGACAACAUGAAGGACGCUGUGCGUGCCGGCAUUACAGCGGCUGGUGCCUGCAUCAGGUGCAGCGGAUGCCAGUUCAAGGAAUGA